AUGGGCUUUAGACGUUUUGCUGCAUUUGGACCAGUAUUAUUAGCAAAUCCAUAUUUCCUUUAUAAUAUUCGAGUUACCUUGAAAUAUACCAUACCAAAUAUCACUUAUAGUACCUCAUUAUCAACAUUUUAUCCAAAACGAGGUUUAUUAUAUAAUUUCAAUAGAGAUUUAACAACUACAACUACAUCUAAUACAAUUGGUCUAGAAAACAAUAACAAUAACAAUAUCAACAACUUUAAAGUUGAUCCUGAUGAUCCAAUUGUAACAAGAAUUAGUCAAGAUCCAAAGUUAAUGGCCUCCAUUCAAGAAUUCUCUGAAAUUUUAAAAAGUAAGGGUAUUGACCUUGGAAAACGUCAAAUGCCUUCCAUGUUACAAAUGGCUAAACUGGCCACCGAUGGUCAAGUAAAACAAAAACUUAUCAAUUUAAAUAAAGAACUUAAAAGCGCGGGAAUUGAACUUAACACAGAAACUGUUCAAAAAUAUAUGACGUUUGUUCCUCAAGGAAUGGAAAAACCGACAUACAAAACACCACUUGACAAUAGUGAAAAUAUUUAUGAAUCUCCAAAAUCAGUUACUACAAAAAUACAAUCUUCACCAACUACAUUAUCACCAACACCAUCGCCACCAAUACCAAUACAUCCACCUCAACCUCCUACUUCUCAACCAAAUGAAAAUUCAAAGGUUACUUCUCCUACACCUACGCCUACACCUACGAAAUCCAGCAUAUCAGCAACAAAACAAAAAACCACAAAGAAACUUAAACAAGAGAGUGCUAUUUCAACAAAAGAAAGCGCGCCUAAACAGAAAUACCAAGCACCUAAACAACCCGAAAAGAUUGCAAGUGAGACAACGGAAAAACUAAAAGAAGAACAAGAACCCGUUGGAUUGCUUUCGAGGAUUAAAUCAUUUUUUAAAUUUAAAAAAUAA